UGUUUCCAUCGACAAACGACGACGACCAAAACAAAAAAAAAUUCUCAGCACCUCAAUCUGAUUCUCACCAACGAACCUCGAGAUCGUGACGGCUCCCGCCGUUUCUCCGACGGAUCUGUAUAGCUCGUACGCCGCUACAGCCUCACCACUCUUUCUCGCUUCGAUUCCUUGACGGUAGUCAAAAAAAAACUUCCCCAAAUCUUUAGCUCGAUUUUCAGCAAACUCCCAUCAUCUAAGCAUCACCCGCUAGAACUUCAGUGAUCAAACACAUCACGUAUACUCCUUAGAACGUAACCGGCGACUCUCUAGAGCUUCAUCCGUUCUAUCAAUAAACCUGUCUCCCUUCAGCUUCUCUAUACUCGUCUCCCUUCAGCUGCCACAGCCGUUUAAGACGUUCUCUCAGCUUCUCCACCUUGAGCUAAGUACCAUGUGCCUCGCUUCCACAACGUCCCUGCAGGUAACCUUUUGCUUCUCCUAAGCCUUCCCAUUAUCGCUUUAAGAAAUAAUCCGGAGUUAUUAACUCAUUAUUUCUUCCUUUUGCGAGACAUCUUCGAUAACGGAGUUACCUGCGAUGUUCUUCGGUUUUUACUCGUUGAUGUUGAGGAGAUCACAGCAGAGAUCAAACUUAGGCCCGGGUUACUUGUUGUGCUGGAAUGGGCUUGAAGUGUUAAAGUUGAGGCCCACUUUACAUUCCAAACUCUUUGUUUCUGUUUGAUGGGUGAGAUUGAUGUAUUAUGAACAUAUCAUGUGAAAUUCUGUGUAUUGAUGUCCAAAAAGAGACCAAAAAAUCAUCCCAUAUGGCAAGAGAGAAAAAGCCAACGUAGACAGAUAUUUACAGCCAGAGGCCUAUAUAUGGUUAGUGGGAUCCAGCGGCUUUUGAGUAAAUUGUCAAAAGUCAAACAUGAAACUGAUUGACGUGGCGGUAUUCAAUUCGAUGUAACAAAGAAGAGAAAAAUAAUGUUAUGUUAAAAGUCAAAGGCUGGUCGAUGGUUAAUUAUGCUAUUACAAACUACGAGAAAUAUUACAAGACGAUUCUAUAGCCGUCAAUUCUACCUGCUUUAUGAGGAUUCACGCUGACUGCAUCAUCCUGAGCCGUCCUAUGAAAUCUAUGUUUGACGGUACUCCUUGCGUCAUACCGAAGAUCUCCUAUAUGCUUUUCUCUAUAAAUUUGCAUAAUUCGCCUUUGCUGGGAUUUGAAACUCAGACCUCCUGAUGUAGAAGCAUUAAUGAACUCUUAGUAAAACUACUGGACUAGAGAGCUUCCACUACAAAAAAAGAAAAAAAAAAAAAAAAAAAGCCGCUGAGAAGGAGGAUGCAGGAGAGGUUACAAGUCGAGGAAAAUAUAGUUAAUGAGGUACAGUGUGUGCUUAACACAGCGUACAGACCAUAUAUAGUCACUGACCAAAUCAGGUAAUAGAAGUUGGCUAAAAAGAACACAGCGAAGAGCCGCUGAGAAGGAGGAUGCAGGAGAAUAUAGGUCCACGUUCUUGUUUAGUCAAAUAGUUAACAACUAUGUAAUUUGGACUUGAACAUGUCCAGUAUUUCUUUUUUAUAAACUCUAUCGAGUGAUCCGGUUGACUUCGGGAGUAACACACUUAGUGCUAUAGAGUGGACUGACAACCACUAUCUGAUCCGAGCUUAGAAUACCUUCCGACUAUUGAUGAGUGUCUUUAAAGAAUAUAAUUGCACUUUCAUUUUCCUAAACUCUAUUUAGUUUAGGUAAGACCACUCUCAUCCAUAAGGUGGUGUUAUUCAACCAUGUAAUUUAAUAGAGUUUAAAUCUAAACACAAUCAAUUGUUAUUCGAAUGAUGAUUAUAAAUUUUAUUUUAAAAUCUAGUGUUAUUUAAUGAAUGAUUUAAAUCCAGUUUUUAAAAAUCUAUUGAUAUUCACCUUCAAGUAUUUUAAAAUUCUUUGUAUUUUAAACUGAUUUCAAAUCAUCUCUUAUGGAUUAUUAUAAACAAAUGACUGAAUUCAAAAUCCAAUGUAUACUGUAGAGAUUUUAGAAUUCAUCAACUUAGGUGGUAUUAUUCAAUUAUGUAUUUUAAUAAAGUUUAAAUCUAAACUCACUCUAGUGUUAUUCAAAUGAUGAUUCUAAAUUCUAUCUUAAAAUCUAGUGCUAUUCAAUGAAUGAUUUAAAUCCAGUUUUAAAAAUCUAGUAUUAUUCAACUUUCAAGGAUUUUAAUUUUUUUUUGUAUUUUAAAUUGAUUUUAAAUAUAUCUUAUGGAUUCUUAUAAACAAAUGACUGAAUUCAAAAUCCAACGUAUACUGCAUAGAUUUUAAAAUUCAUCAACUAAAAACUUUAAAUCACUAAUUGAAUAAAAAUGAGUGACCCUCAUGUGUUUGAAAAACUCGGUUGAUACUUGUCAAAUUUCUAAAAGUUAUAUUUUCAAAUAAAAAGAUUUGUAGUGAGAAACUUAAAGAAUUUAUAGACUAAUUAAUGUAGAUGCCCUAAUGCAUUAUUAACUAUGUUUAGAAAUAUUGUCAUAUUCCACUAUUUCAAAGUUACAUAAUCACUAAAAACACUUCUUAGCUUUAUCAUAAGCACAUAUAAUAAUAGUUAUCAUCCUAUGAACUGGGUAGAAACAUACCUCUCACAACACUCUUAGGAGAUUCUGUCCUGUUGAUCUAGUUGUCAACUAAACCUAGAUUCAUUAUUUGGUCAUCGUGAGAGAGAGUGAAUGCUAUAGUUGCAUAUGAGUAUUCACAUGUAUUAUUGCAUUUGUAAGUGAAUCUACUCUUUUGGCACUUGUGGAGUGGACACAAGAUCACACACCAUAUCUAUAGAAUAUCUCGCUAUUAUAAUUUUACAGCUGUUGGAAAAAUGUGAAGUAACAUGGGUAAGAUGUCGUUACCAAGGACAAGUACAGAAUAAUUAAUAAACGGAUUUGAUUUGUGUAUAUGUAAGCAAAGACAGUUUUAAGCUUUUAACUAACAAAAUGGAACAAGCUAACCAAAGCCAAAAGGUAAGACUUUUGGAUGGUUACGUAACUAACAGAAACGCAUCCCAACAACCUUCGGACAGAGCAGCUAUGGUCGGAAUCUCCGGCGAUCAAUCUGUAGAUUCUGGCCAAGCCCGUCUCAAGGAGCUCGGCUACAAGCAAGAACUCAAGCGUGACCUCUCGGUCUUCUCCAACUUCGCCAUCUCCUUCUCCAUCGUCUCUGUGCUCACGGGGAUCACCACCAUGUACAACACUGGCUUGAGAUUCGGCGGUACAGUCACUCUUGUCUACGGAUGGUUCGUGGCUGGAGCUUUUACUAUGUGUGUGGGGCUGUCAAUGGCUGAGAUCUGCUCCUCUUACCCAACCUCUGGUGGUCUCUACUACUGGAGUGCUAUGCUCGCUGGCCCACGAUGGGCUCCUCUUGCCUCUUGGUUGACCGGCUGGUUCAACAUCGUUGGUCAGUGGGCAGUGACGGCGAGCGUUGACUUUUCUCUAGCACAGCUGAUUCAAGUAAUCGUGCUUCUCUCCACCGGCGGUAAAAACGGCGGAGGAUAUGAAGGAUCUGACUAUGUUGUGAUUGCCAUCCAUGGGGGAAUCUUGUUCAUACAUGCACUUCUCAACAGCCUCCCUAUCUCCGUCUUGUCUUUCAUUGGCCAGCUUGCUGCUCUCUGGAAUCUACUAGGUGUUUUGGUGCUCAUGAUUCUGAUUCCUUUGGUCUCUACGGAAAGAGCCACAACUAAGUUUGUCUUCACCCAUUUCAACACUGACAAUGAAGUCGGCAUUACCAGUUACGUUUACAUAUUCGUCUUGGGGCUCCUCAUGAGCCAGUACACCAUCACAGGAUAUGAUGCAUCUGCCCACAUGACCGAGGAGACAAUUGAUGCAGACAAGAACGGGCCAAGAGGAAUAAUCAGUGCAAUUGGGAUAUCAAUUCUGUUUGGAUGGGGUUACAUAUUGGGCAUAAGCUAUACGGUCAUAGACAUACCUUACCUUCUGAGUGAGACUAAUAACUCUGGUGGGUACGCCAUUGCUGAGAUCUUCUACUUAGCUUUCAAGAGCAGGUUUGGGAGUGGUACCGGAGGGAUUGUGUGCUUGGGCAUUGUUGCGGUUGCUGUGUUUUUCUGUGGCAUGAGCUCCGUCACCAGCAACUCCAGGAUGGCUUAUGCGUUUUCUAGAGAUGGAGCAAUGCCAUUGUCUCCCUUAUGGCACAAAGUGAACAGCAAAGAGGUUCCUAUUAACGCGGUUUGGCUCUCUGCUUCCAUAUCAUUCUGUAUGGCCCUCACGUCACUGGGGAGUAUAGUGGCGUUCCAAGCAAUGGUGUCAAUAGCAACUAUUGGACUGUACAUAGCAUACGCAAUACCGAUCCUUCUUAGAGUGACUUUGUCACGCAACACCUUUGUUGCUGGACCAUUCAGCCUUGGGGGGUACGGAAUGGUGGUUGGGUGGGUGGCAGUCAUAUGGGUUGCAACCAUCUCCGUUCUCUUCUCACUUCCCGUGGCGUAUCCCAUAACGGCCGAGACACUCAACUACACUCCGGUGGCAGUCGCUGGUGUGUUGGCCAUAAUCCUCUCGUAUUGGCUUCUAAGUGCACGCCAUUGGUUUACUGGACCGGUCUCCAACAUUCUUGGCUGAAACAACUUGAUAGUCUUGUGGAUUGUUUCAUGUUUUGUUGCUCUUAUUCAUAUAGUAAAGGCAUUCUAGCUGUAAUUUACCAUUUAUAUAUACAAGAAGCAAGAGCACCCCACAUUCCUAUACUAUAAAGUUUUACUUUUUUUUUU